CGCAGGUAUCGUACGUUUGGUAUGCAGUCAUGGAAAAUGCGAGAGGUGUGAAACACAGAGCUCUGACAAAGGAAGUGGUUAUGAUUGUUUGUGCAGGACACCAGCUAGAAGAGUUAAAGUAAAGCAACACAUACACUAAUGCAGGGCAACCGGACAGAGACUGUCAUGUUCAUCUUCGUGAUUCUGGGGCUGCUGGUCUGCACUGAGGCACAAGGGAUCAGUGCUGGGACUCCUGUGUUUGUGCUGAAGGGAGAGGAUUUGCUUCUGAAUGUCACCAAAGCUGUUGUUCUUGAGGAUUUAGAUUUUAUUUCCUGGAAAUGUAAUAAUAGUAACAUAGUGAGAUUCACCUCUAAUGACAAAGGAGUCUCUGCUAACUACGAUGAAAGGAUUGAGUUUCCUGUGAACAAUUACUCUGUGAAAUUGAAGAAUCUCGAAGAGGCAGACAGUGGAGUUUAUACUGCUGUGUUGGAAAGGGUUAAACCAGAAAAUGUAGCUAAAUAUAACGUCAAAGUUCAAGAUCGAGUGUCUCCAGUAAACCUCACAGUGGUGAAUAACUCUGUCUCCAGAAACUCUUCCUCCUGUAGCUUCACUGUGACCUGCAGCUCACAGGACUCUCACAUCAACAGCACUUUCACCUGUGACAACCAAACCUGCAGUCAGGAGGGAGGAGAGCGGUCAGAGGGGAUCCCUGAUACUUUUCUCCAGGUCCACCAAUUAAGUGGAUCGAUCAUAUGUAACCAUAGCAACCAUGUCAGCUGGACCAACGACACCCUAAUAAUCAAAGAUGUCUGCCACCAGCAUGAUGAUCCAGAGGGGUUAUCUGUGUGCCUGGUGAAGAUGUGCGUGUUCUCUGUGGGUCUGAUCAUCAUGGUGUCUGCUGUCAUCACGGUUCAUCUCAUGGAGAAGCUCAACAAGAACAAAUAAACUCAUAGUUCUGGUUCCCAACUGGGGGUAGGCGGACCCCUAGGGGUAGUUGGGGGGAUUGCAGGAGGUACGUAGGAAGAUUAGGGGUUGCAAAUUCCAAACAAAACAUUUUCAACUCAAUUUUCAUACGCCACACACCAAGAAAUGUAGAAAUCAACAACAAACGUGUGCGGGCUCAAGGCUAGAAGUAGAAGACAUGGAUACAAAUAUGUUCACUUAUUUGUGUACUGACAAUUCAUAUUGGCUAAUCUUGAUGUAAACAUUGAUGCUUUGCAAAGAAAACACAGAAGGCAGCUUUCAAGAAAAUGCUGAAUGUUCUUGUUAAUCCAAAUAUCAAGUAAUUUGUUUGUAGGUAAAAUCAUUUUGUUGCCUUCAGAUUAGGGAGGUUUUCAAAAAAACACAAAUAACAUUUAUAUAUAUUUUUCUGGACAGCAGUGGCUUCCUCCGUGGUGUCCUCCCGUGAACUCCAUUCUUGUUCAGUGUUUUACGUAUCGUAGAUUC